ACUACAGCAGUAAACCACAGAUGGACGAGGAGGAGUUCCUCACUCUUACAGCUGCUGCAUAUGUGAGUGUGUUUAUCACCUACACUAGAAGGAUUUCUUCCUGCUGAAGAAGAGCAUGUGUAUAUUGAAAGCUAAAGAUUUUGGUUGCAUUAUAUUCUAAUGCAAGAUCUGUGAAACUUGACUUGGAGAAAUAUUUCAGACUGUGUGGCACCGGGCAGCAUUUUAUGUAUGUGAUGUUCAGGAAACUACCAUAGUGACAGGAGUCAUAACAAACUUCUGCACUGGAUUGAAGACAAUGUCCAUGAUGAAGUCUAACACGAAAAAGACUGCAAAAGAAAAAUUUAACUGGGAUGAUUACUUGAAUGAGGCUGGUUCAGUGUCUGCACCACCCAAUUGUUUCAGACAGUCUAGGACACCUCCUAGCAAUGAUUUCAAAGUUGGCAUGAAACUGGAAGCUCAUGACCCCCGAAAUGUUACCUCUGUUUGUAUUGCAACUGUUGUUGGAAUCACUGGGGCACGUCUACGUUUAAGACUGGAUGGCAGUGAUGACAAGAAUGACUUCUGGCGAUUGGUAGACUCUUGUGAUAUCCAACAAAUUGGCACUUGUGAGAAGAAGGGUGACAUGUUGCAGCCUCCUUUAGGGUUUCGUAUGAAUGCAUCUUCUUGGCCAAUGUUUCUGCUGAAAACACUAAAUGGGGCUGAUAUGGCACCAGCAUCUUGCUUUAAAAAGCAGGAACCUCAAAAGCCAUCACAGAAUUUCUUUAAAACUGGAAUGAAACUGGAAGCAGUGGAUAGGAAAAACCCUUAUUUAAUUUGCCCGGCGACCAUUGGAGAUAUUAAAGGGGAUGAUGUUUUCAUCACUUUUGAUGGCUGGAGAGGAGCAUUUGACUAUUGGUGCAAGUACGACUCUAGGGACAUCUUUCCUAUUGGAUGGUGCUCUUUGACUGGGAAUUCACUACAGCCCCCUGGAAACAGCGUUUCUCUCCCAAAGACAAGUCCCGCAACAGCAUCACCUAUAAAAGGUAUUAAACGUUCAAUGCAAUCACCUCAGAAACAUGUGCAGGCACAGAAAGGAAGGAAACCAAUGCGAGACAAGUGCCUGGAACAACCCUCUGCUUCUCCAAGGAAAGGCAAGCGUCCAAAGAAUACUGCUCUGUCGCGCAGCACACCCAACCCAGAAAACCUCAAAGCAAAGGGUACAGGGUUAAAGCCAGGAAGAAAGAAAGAAACUAUUACAUUAAACUCCUCUCUGCUUCCUGUAAACACAUCUGAUGGAGACAACGGCAACAAAUCCCAGAUACUUAAAGAUGGUGUUGGAAUAUUAGGUUCUCCUAUGGCAGUGAUUUCCACAGUUUGUGUAUAUGUAAACAAGCAUGGUAAUUCAGGACCACAUCUGGAUAAGAAAAAAGUAUUACAGCUUCCUGAUCAUUUUGGGCCUGGGCCUGUAAAUCUAGUCCUACAGCAGGCAGUGCAGGCCUGUGUUGACUCUGCCUUCUACAGUAAAGUAGUGUUCAGCUUCCUGAAAUCAGGCCAUCAUGGUGGGGAAGCCAUAACAGCUUCUUUUGAUGGAGAAAAACACACUGUGCAUCUUCCACCGGUGAACAGUGCAUCCUUUGUCUUGCGAUUUUUGGAGAAACUGUGUCACAGCCUGCAGUGUGAUAAUCUGUUUAGUAGCCAACCUUUCAGCCCGCGCAUGGGUGGAGCACACAGUCCAACAGACUAUGACAGGAGUAAAACAACAAAAGAAGAAAUCACUAAUAGAAGCAACAAAAGAUACUGUCAAGACCCUCCUCCCUUUUCAGCCCCACUAUCUCCCAAGUUGCCAAGAUCAGAAGCUCAUCCUCCAGAAGCAGAAACGUCACCAACAGAAGAAAACUCCACUCCAAAAGAUCAAAGAUUUUCAGAGGGGUCCAUGGAUUCAGCACUAAAUGUAGUAAGCACUCCUAGCCCAGCUACACGAAACACAGCCGAGUACCGCAACAUAGGAGCCACAUCAGCCUAUUACAGGGGCUCAGUUCAGCCUGUCAUUGCUACCUCAAAUUCUGCUCCUGUUGUACGUAGAUCAUCUUCUAGCUCUGCCAGCAACAGCUGCUACUAUGAUACUGGCCGAAAUCACACUCCGAGGAGAAUAGAAGCUGCAAGUUCUACAACAGGACCCGAGCUUCACUCGUCAGAGCGGCAAACCACACAAGGCCUCAGUAAAGAUCCAGCCACAUGGUCUGUAGAUGACGUCAUGCGUUUUGUAAAGGAAGCAGAUCCCCAAGCUCUGGCCCCUCAUGCAGAACUCUUCAGAAGACAUGAAAUUGAUGGCACAGCUCUGCUCUUACUUCGAAGUGACAUGAUUAUGAAAUACAUGGGACUGAAACUUGGCCCAGCCCUGAAGUUGUGCUACCACAUUGAAAGACUAAAGCAAGGAAAGUAAUCCAUUACCUCUAGUAUUAUCUCACGUAUGCAUAAGCUUGCAACUGCCUAUAAAAUACCUCCUUUUUUGUAAUAUAAUACAGACACUAAAGAUCUCAAUUAUUUUUAAAAUGCUCAUAAUUUAAAAAAAAAAAAAAAAAAAAAAAAAAAGUAGACAUAUUGUUUUUACGCUAUGGUGGCGCUGAACAGCAGGAGAGCUGGAGCCUCUUUGUCGUUGUCUGUUCCGUGGAUUUUUGCUGCACUGAUUCAUACAGAAGUUCUUUUGUAACCAAAAGGCUAAUAUCCAAAGUAGCAUUUCAGGAGUGGCUGAUACAACAAGACCAAGACCAGCAUUGUAGAUUUUUUUUAUUGCUUUCUAUUUAUUUAAAUAUAUUUUUUUGUUUUUGGAAAUUUUUUAAGACUGUGCUAUCUUUGGCAGCUACACGGGGAGGC